AUGCAGCCUAACCACCAGAAACUAUUAGAUCGUGCUUUUGAAUUUUUCGCGGAAAUUGAAGACCUCACCCCCGGCCGGGAGUUAGAGCAGCGCCUGAACCGUGACUAUGGCCCCGGAAACCCGUACUACGAGGAUUUCUGUCGUUUAAUCCGCCACGGCAUCGAGAACCAGGAGGGGUGGGUGGCCACAGACGAGAUCGAUGGCUCGAAGUAUCGCCGGAGCAGGAUCUGUUCCCCGACCGACGCCUCGAGGUAUUUCAGCAUUACCACUGUCUAUAUGGAGAGUCAAGAUGCAUACCGAGGGCAGUACCACGCCCACCCUUACGGCGAGAUCAACUGCGUGGUUCAGCUGGACCCGACGGCCGAGCUGAUGGGCAUGAGUGGGUGGCAGGGUGCCGGGUGGACGUCACCGGGGCCGGGGACACAUCACUAUCCGGAAGUGCGUGGGGGCGCGAUUAUUGCUCUGUUUUUCCUCCCGGCAGGUCGCAUCUCAUAUAAAGCAAAGCCAGGCGCGCCGCAACCGAUCUCCAUCUAG